AUGUCGGCGUUAACGCUACCGCGAGGCGCGCACGCGCGCGCGACGUCAGCAAUGCUCGCACACGUUACGUGUCCGAUAUGUCUCGAACCGUUCACGGACGCGCACUGCGUGGCGACGUGCGGACACACGUUUUGUCACGGGUGCGCGAGCGCGGCGCUCGACGCGGCGGCGGCGGCGCCCCGAGACGGCGGCGCGGACGCCGGGGUGAGCGCUCGGUGCCCGACAUGCUCGUCGAUGUUUACCAGCGCACAGUUAGUGCCAAAUGCGGCGGUGAACGCGAUGGUUGCGGCUAUGAAGUCAGGGGCGAGCGAAGCGGCGGCGGCUUCGACGAGCGCCGAGGACGGCGAAGACGAUUUGGAACGAUUGACACCUUUGGUGAAGACUUUGAGCGAGAAACAUCGAAGUUUGGUGCUGGAAUCACGCGCAGUGUCGCGAGAGGUGUUGAAGGAGUUCUUAGUAGAGAGCCGAGCGAGGAAGCAGGCGAGCGCGGUGGCGCUCGAGCGAGAGUUGAGGUGUUUAGACGCCGACAUCGACGCGGUGCGAAGGGAAAUUGAGGCCUUGGGUGGCGGUGCACGAGUGUCGCACGAACGUAGUGAUUUGCACGAUAAAGAAGUGAUCGCGCACGCGAUGGAAGCGCUGGGUUUGACGCGGCCGGGUGAGUCGCAAAUCGUCAUCGACGAGUCGAAGCGACGCAGAGUGUUGAGGCAGUUUAGCGAAUUGCAGAGCUGGUAUUCCAAGAGAAGAAGCGCAGAACGAGACGAUGUCACCAGCGAUGGUGGUAAGUCGAGUGGUAGCGCGCUCAAUGGUGGUCGAGGGUACGCCCCGGACUCGACGACUAUGGAGGAGUUUUCGACGAUUAUUGACACGUUUAAACGAUACUCGAACAUUUCCAUCGCGGCGGAGAUUCGCGGCGAAGAAGACGCGUCAAACCCAGGCGCGCCCGUCAGCAGCAUUGAGUUCGAUUCGACGCAAGAGUACUUCGCUACCGCAGGUGUGUCCAAACGAAUUCAGUUUUACAACCUCGAGCACGUGCUCGAGGGGUCACAGCAACCCGCGGAUGAAAUCAACACUCGGUCCAAGCUGACGUGCUUGUCUUACAACAAGUUUGUUAAGCAUCACAUAGCGGCGAGUGAUUACGAAGGUGUCGUUUCGGUGUGGGAUGUCGAGAAAAAGUGCAGCAUCAUAGAUUUUGAGGAGCAUGAAAAG